ACCACUGUGCAUAACUUUCGAUUUCAGAUCGGACUGCUAUGCAGGCACACCUACAAAUGGACCCCGAAAAAUCCAAAACAGCUUCAUUGUGAGGCGAUAAUGGCCGGGCAUUAGCACAAAUUCAAUAUAAAUCAAAACCCGGGCUACGAACUUGUAUUUUUUCGUCGGGAAAUAAUGCAUCUGCUUUUCGGUUGCACCAAUUCCCUGGCUAUGCUGUUUGGCUUCCUCGUCUGAUGUUCCGAGAACGAAUCCCAGAGAGCCCACUGGUUAGCUGAAGCUUCCUCUAUUGAAAUCGAAAGCUUCCUUUUCGGCCUCGUCAAAUGAUUUUUGACCAGUUUCAAUUUAACUUUCGAGCGCAGCAGAUCGCGUCGCAUUAACUGCCGCUCCAUAACGGUUAAAACUGGGAUACUGACUUUGAUUCUGGUUCAGAGGCAGCAGUAUCGAUAUAUCAGGCGAUGAUGUCGUUCGGCAAGAUUGUGGUAUUCCUGAUCCUAAUCCUAGUUCAACUAAUUCAUUGUACGCGCUUUACUGCGCCAUCUUUGGACAGGACCAUCUACUACCGGAAUACGCCACCCGAUCCCUUCGGUCACUACAGCUUCGAGUUCCAGACCACCAACGGCAUUACAACCAAGGGAGCUGGUAAUGAGAACGGAGCCGUCGGCGUGGUUCAGUUCGUUUCUCCCGAGGGUAUACCCGUUACCUUCUCGUACGUGGCCGAUGCCAAUGGAUAUCAGCCCACCGGUGAUCACAUUCCCGCCAUCCCGCUGCACGUUAUCCGCCAGUUGGAGUACAUACGCACGCAUCCACCGGUGGAUGAGAUUCGGUCGAGACGUUGGUAAAAAAAAACUCUACGACUUUAAAACAAUUAUAUAUUGACUUCUAAAUAGCUGUCGAUGCGCUGUCUGAAUAUCGUCGUUACACUUCGGAAUAUUUUUAUUUCGUAUUUAUGUUAAUUGUUUUUCCAUGCAAAUCGGACAAGAAGAGAACAACAAAAGCAAGCCAAAAUCUAUAGCAAGUCAAUAAAUAUUCUAGAAUUAUAAAUAAAGUGCUAGACUUAAUUGAUCUGCGUUCCUGAAGUCCGGAAAGUUUGCCUAAAGGCAGGAACUAUGUUCAAUAAAUAACAAUCAAAAUCCGUACAUUAUACGAGUACUGCAAUUGUAAAACUGACUAAAAUAUGAUAAGCAUGUUUGUGGAAUUCAAUUUAAAAUCCCAUAGGGGUUAUGCUGACUGGCAUGCAAAUAAGGAAAUAAGUAAACAAAGAUAAAUAAUAAUUUAAAGUGAAAUUAAAAAAGGUUAUUUAAUAGAUGCAGAAGAAAAGAAUGAAUAAAAUGUAACGCUUUUAUUUAAUGUAAAUGUAAUAAUUUCUGUUCACUUGGUAAUAAUUUUAAAGCUUUCUUAAGGUCUAUUUUCUCUAAAAAAGCGAUGAAAAUUACAAUAUUUCCAGAUUUAUGGACUGCAAAACGAAUUCAAUCAAGUUUUAAUGCUUAUGUCAUAAAAUUGAAACGCAAUUUUGGUCUGACUUAGUUUAUCGAGAGCGUGUUGAAACCGGCAACUAUAAUUAUGAAACAUGCUAAGAAUGCUCCUUUUAAAUGCUCUUUUUAAAGCUGAAGAUUUAUGGACCGCAAAACUAGUCGAAGUCAUGUUUUCUAUGCUAAUGACCAGCGAAUCAAGCGCACCGAAAUGCCAGCUUUCAUCAGCUCACUCUAGAUCUCUGAUCUUCGCUAUAAAUCUGUCAUACCAAUCCAAUCCGAUCCGAUCCGAUCCAAAGUGCGACCUUGUCUUUAAGAACGACUUUCGCUUUUCGAUGCGGCAAUCGGCGAGAAGAUUGCGCCUGCCGCCGCUCAUUUGCAUGUGGGCGCCUAAUUAAGGCCGUUGCAUAAUAUUGACCGACUCUCGAAGAGCGACUUAAUGUAACCGGCAGACUAGCAAGCCAAGUGGAGUUGACACCGUUUAAUGUCACCGAACCGCAACAAGUGGCUGAUUGAUGCUGUCGACUCACACUAAAUCCCCAAUUUGGUUCCGGCCUCGAAAAGAUUACCGCGGGCAUCUCCAAAAGUUCACCGUGUAAGUGAAUGAACGCCACUGCGGCUGCAUCCAAUCCCCCAGUUAGUUGCUAGAACUCUCUGCCACUGAAGCGUAUUCGAAUAUAAAUUAUUCAUGGCGGUUUCGUUUAUCUUAUCUUCCUUUCAACGGAUCCAUUAGAUAAAUGACAAACAACCCGCAGGCGCAGAUCACCAAUUUGUACGCGUCCUAUUUUUGUAUUCAUAACUAUCAAAUAAUCAUUAGUUCCUCCAAAACCGCAUCCACGUGCCAAUCCGGUUGCUGUUUUCAGAAUCACAACAUUCGCUGAUUUAUGGAUCGGAACGGGGCAUUCAUAAGGCCUUCGUGACAGUCCAAAUGCUUUAAUGCCACCGCUGGCAGUUUAGUAUCCAACUUAGUAUUAAAUCUUAUUAAUCAACUACCUGAACAUUUAAAUAUAGUCGUACCUCAGCCGCCGCCAACAGGUGUUGGGCAAUUAAGAACGAGUCGAAAGUUUCGCUAUUAAGUAUGCAUUCUUCGAAAAUAUCAUUCAUAACCGACUAAUCUAUUUUAAAGGUCAACGAACCUACUGACUUGAGAAAUGAAUGGUUGGAUCCAUACUGACAAUCUGUAAACUUUGGGACUGCCUUCUGACUUAUGGGUCAUCUGUAUUCAUUGGAACAAAGUUGGCAUCAGCGUGUUUAAUUAACUUAUCUGAAUUGAUUUACAUGCAUACCGAAUUCCAAAGAUCGCACACAAAGUAUAAAGGAACACGAAACCGAUGUUCGUUUUUUUACAAUUAUAUAUUUCAAGUUGCCUGACAUAUAUACGUGAGUGUAUAUAUCUGGGUGUGUUUGCGGCCUGUGUUUGUUUGUUUUGGGUGUGAAUCUGGAGUUUAUGGACGUAGAAAGCGGGAGUUGUUCAUCUAUCCUUUCAUUUAACGCGGAUCAUUAGGUGUUAGGAAGCAUCACUAUUUCUGAAUUGAUUUGUGCCAAUCUCGGAACUUCAUGUUCAUCAAAUGUUUGUGUUUAAAUCGAUUUAUUUAGUGUAAUUGUUGAGUUAUCUUGUAAAUACAUACAUUUAUUAUAUUUCAAGUUUCUCACAUAAACUCUAUGUUUAUACAUUUUUUGUCGCUUUCAUCUUGUAGUUUUGUCUAUACUAUUACUAAACCUAGAUACGAUAUUUAAGAGGCAACCAAAGAGAUCUGGCUUGAGAUCCCUGGCAGCCGAGUGCGAAACGGACCGAAUGGACAAUUUGAUUUAUUGAAUUAGUUUUUUCCUUUGCUUCGGGAAUAAGAAAUCGUUCUUUUAGUUUACUGGAGUGUUAAAUACAUAUACUAAAUGUAAAUAUAUAUUGAAAAGGUUCGUGUGUGUAUUUUUCUGUCUUCGUGUUCAGUUGUCUGUAAAGUUGGUUCCGUUUUGGGUGUCAGGGAGUAGGUUCCAAAUCGGGGUGUGCAAAAGUCCUCCAGAGAUCUUGAGCGUACCCACAGCUAAAACCUAAAAAACGAAGAUGUUUGAAUAUCCCAGUUUACGCUGGACUUCCUUUAACUUACCAGUCCUCUUCGCAUGCCAAUAUGGUGUAGUGGUCAUGACCACGCCCCUAGGGCCAAUCCUAGUCGGCCUUUGUCUCCGUAAACUC